AUGAGUAAUAAUGUGAAAAAUAUUGCUAAUAACUCAAAUUUUGUUGUUUCUAAUAAUAAUCAUCAACAAAAUGUUAAUUACCAUUAUCAAUAAUAACAAUAAUAGCAGAAGCAAUUUAAUUAACAAGAGGAAUAAGCCUUAAUAUUAUUCUAUAUUUAUGAAGACUUUUAAAACUUUCUUAAUCUCUUAUAUUAAUUUAUAAUAGUAAAAGAACAAUUCAAAACUGAUCCUAAAAACAUCCUAGUUUCAAUUUGUGAAAAUAAACUAAUUACACAAAUGAAUCUAUCUAAUUCUAUCCAUUAUGAUCUAUCAAAGAAUUAAAAAAAUUCUGAUCUGAUAUCAUUUUUAAAAAAAAAUAAAAAUGAUAUAAAAUAAAAUAUCCGAAGUGUAUGCCCUACUAAAUGUGAUAAGGAAAUUGAUAAGUAUAUUCAAUAUUAUGAGAAUUUUUGCUUAAGUGAGAAUGUACAAAUAAACAAUAUGGAAUUAAAACCCACCCAAUUAAAAGUAAAUUUUAAUGAAGAAGUUUUAUAAAAAAUCUUCCCUUAAAUUUAAGCAAUGGACAAUAGGAUCAACUAAAUAAGAUAAACCUAAAAUUACAACAUACCAAGUUAUGACUAAAUUAAAUCUAAGGCAUAGUAAAUUAUAAUAAUAUCAAUUUAGGUAAUAUUAACAAGAAACCUUAUCAAAACUGAAAAUUUAAAGUUCUAAUAAGUUAAAAAGAUGA